AUGCUGGGCCAUCAUGCUGUAUAUAGCUUGUUGAUUGUUUCGGCCGCACAUAUCGGCCCAGUGGUUUCGUCCGCCGGCGAUGGCUCACCGUAUUUUAGGGAGUGUCAGCAGGAAUGCGUGGACAAAUUUGACUGCCCGAUGAGUGAUGUCGCCUUCGGAUGGACGCAGAAAUUGUGUUUUGAGUAGGUUUUGGACAGAUUUGAGGAAGUUUUGGGAAGAGAUUUGAUAAAAUUUCGAAGAAAUGGAAAUUAAAUUUUUUUGUAAAUGUUUUUUGAGGGAAAUAAAUAAAAAAAUUUUAAAUUUAUGGUAAAAUACGGAAGCACAUCUAGUUUCAAAAAAUCUCCUUACUUACCCGUCAUAGGAUGAGUGGAAGUUUCCAAAUUGAAAUUUCACUUUUUCUGUGAAGUACAAAAGUGGGGGGCAAUUAGCGAAAAGUAAAAUACGGUCUAAUUCCAUCAGUUGUUGGAUGAUGUAAAAAGCUGUUUAAAAAGUAGAAACCCAUCUUUUUUGAGUAAAAUGGGCCAAAAUCACAAAAAAAUUGGCGAAAAAAUCAAUUUGAUAUGGGUUACAGAGGGUUUGUUUCACGUACAAAAAAGCACUAACUAGAGUUGGCGAAGCCGGAUAAAAAGCAGAGAGGUGUGAGAAAAAGAAAAGUGGUAACGAGAGUGACCUUUCUUCUUGUUUUCGAGGUGACUUUUCAUGUCUAAAAUCAGGGUGCGCCGGAUCACGUUGGCCAUACAACGAUACAGCGAUAGAAUUGGCUAAGAAUUCGACUGAUCAUUCGAGACUUCCCGGAAAAUAGUCAAAAUAGACGGAAGUCAAAAUAGAGGAAAUGAUCAGUCGAUUUCUUGGCCAAUUCUAUCGCUGAAUUGUUGUAUGGCCAACUUGAUCCGGCACACCCUUGAUUUUGGACGUAAAAAGUCACCGCGAAAACAAAAAGAGAGGUCACUCUAGUUACCACUUCUCUUUUUCUCACGCCCUCUCCACUUUUUAUCAGGUUUCGCUAACUCUGGUUAGUGCUUUUUUGUACAUGAAACAAUCCUCUGUAACUCAUAUCAAAUUGAUUUUUUCGCCAAUUUUUUGUGAUUUUUGGCCCAUUUUACUCAAAAAAUAUGGGUUUCUACUUUUUAACCAGCUUUUUACAUCACCCAAGAAGUAAUGGCGCUGAAGACCGUAUUUUACCCUCAUCCACUAUUUCUUUUGGAACGUGAACCGACCCCUAGAACACUUGUCUUGUUAGAUUUGAUGGUGUAAAGAUCGCUUGAAUAUUUUGGGCUUCAAAAUUUUCCGAUUUUUAGCUGCCGUCAAUCCUGUAUCUGGUCGACCGUCGAGCUCUUCAAAAAGCACGGUCAGCCCACAACACAAUUCUUUGGCAAAUGGCCAUUCCACUCAAUAUCGCUCCAAUUCCUCCAGUAUUCAAUAGUAAUCCAGGAACCGGCCUCGGCGUUCUUCUCUGUGCUCAACCUUUCCGGCUGUCUCUACAUGUAUAAUAUGAUCAAAAACAUGUCAAAAAGAGCGCCAUUACGAUCGAUUUGGCUGGCUUAUGCAAGUUUGGGAGUAGCCACAUGGAUUUGUAGUACGAUUUUCCAUUGCCGGGACUUUUGGCUGACGGAAUAUUUGGAUUAUUUCGCGGCGGCAGCCAUCGUUUUUUACGCCUUUUUUGUAUCGAUUAUGUUCACAAUGCAAGUCUUUUGGAGGGUCAAAGUAUUGUGAGUUUAUUCUACUAAUGAUUGAGGAUUAUUUUGCGCGAAAAAUAGAAGAAAUGAAGUGUUUGUGGGCAGUGCAAUAUAAAUUUUUUGUCAUCAUACCUUGUACAAUAUAAAUUUUGCUCGGAACUCGAAAUAUUUUGACUGAAACAUGUUAUAGUAUGUUCGGCGCUCUCUUAAAUUAAUUUUUUCAGAAGGUACACGCUUAUCGUCGCCGUUCUCUACUCGUAUUAUCGAUUUGUCAGCUAUUUAUUCCUCCGGCCACGGUUUGAUUACGGGUUUAAUAUGCGAGUUUGUUUGGGAUUGUCGUUCACCACAGCGGCAAUUUAUUUGCUCUACAUUUAUAAUGAAUAGUAAGUUUGGGUCACGGAAAUUUUUUCAGCAAAAAAUCGAAGAGCUGUACUCAUCUCCCCAAUUUUAGUCAGCAGCAUCGAUUCCGCCCAUCUUUGAAGAUAUUACUCUACAUUUUACUGAUCGGCCUGCUCUCCUCAUCGCUGGAAAUUCUCGAUUUCCCCCCAAUACUCUACUCACAAAUCGACGCCCACGCCCUCUUCCAUCUGGCCACUGUACCCACCCCCUUCAUGCUGGCCAAAUUUGCGGUCUCCGAAUAUGAAUGGCAAACGGAAAAUUCGAAUUUAAACAGUUUAAAUUUGAAUUUCCGGACAAAACAAUUGUGA